CUUACCUUAGUUUAGUGCAGCAAUUAACCAAUAAUCCAACAGCAAUGCCAAUGUUAAAUGUUGAAGUAUGUGGAAAGACAUUGAAAUUUAUGGUUGACAGCGGUGCUGGUUAUUCUGUAAUUAGGGCUGAGGAUUUGAAAUGUGAAACACAACCAGGAAAACAUACAGCAUUAAUUGGGGCAAUUUGCCAAAUUCCUAAGCCCACAACAAAGAAGCAACUGCUUUCCUUUUUAGGAAUGUGUUCAUACUGCCGCACUUUCAUUUCCUCCUAUGCAGAGCAGGAGGGCCCUCUCAGAGAUAUUAUUCCUACGAAAGGGGUUAGCACUGCAAAACUGCAGUGGACACAAGAGGCAGAAGAAGCAUUUAUACAGCUUAAGGUGGCUUUGCAAAAUAUGCCAGCAUUGGGCAUACCUGAUCCAACUAAACCUUUUGUUCAGAUGGUAGAUGCAAAAGGCAUCUAUAUGACUUCAGUGCUUACUCAAAAACAUGGAGAUAAGCUUCGCCCUGUUGCAUACUUCUCUUGUAAGCUGGACUCAGUGGCUCAGGGCCUGCCCACCUGCCUUAGAGCAGUGGCAGCAGCAGAAAAGGCACUAAUAGCUUCAAGAGACAUAGUGGCUUAUGCUCCACUUACAUUAAAGGUACCACAUGCAGUGCACAACAUUCUCCAAGAUCAGAGAGUUGCACAUCUAUCAGCCCAGAGAUGGCUGCGAUAUCACACUGCUUUACUUGACAUGCCUAAUGUUACAGUACAACGUUGCAGCACGCUCAAUCCUGCUUCCCUCCUCCCAACUCCAGAGGAUGGGGAGCCACACGACUGUCAGCUGUUGCUGCAGCACGCGUGCACACCACGAAUAGAUUUGCAAGAAGAGCCAUUGCACAAUGCGCAAAUGGAGCUCUUUGUUGAUGGCUCAGCAAGCAGAGAUAAGACAGGAACGAACAGAGUAGCAUACGCUGUAGUGUCAGCCACAGAGGUCUUGGACACUGGCGUUUUGCCCAGCUCUUACUCAGCACAGGCAGCUGAGCUAGUAGCCCUUACAAAAGCAUGUGAAUUGGCAAAAGGUCAAUCAUUAAAUGCGUACACUGACAGCAGGUACGCUUGGGGCGUGGCCAAUGAUUUUGGUUUCAUGUGGAAGCAGCGUAAUUUCCUGACAAGUUCAGGAACAAAGAUCAAACACCAUGAGCUGAUUAACAACUUGCUUUCUGCUCUUUUGCUUCCCUCACAGAUCGCAGUAAUCAAGUGUGCCGCACACACAUCCACAGGAGAUCCAGUAAGCAGGGGAAAUGCGUUUGCAGACAGCGUCGCUAAGCACACAGCUCAUAAUGCAAACAUCACAGCUGCACAAAUUUCUACACCAGAGCAGGAGAAACCUUCCUUAAUUGACAUUCAGUCAAUGGCAACACCAUUAGAAAAAAAAUUGUGGGCUAAAACUGAUUGUUACAAAGACAAUGGCAUUUGGAGACAGAAAUCCACCAACAGGCCACUCCUGCCCAAACAAUAUGCUAAGGUUUUGAUCAAAAUUGUCCAUGGAAGGAGUCACAUGGCCAAGGGAGGGAUAGUAGAGCAGAUUUCCAGGUAUUGGUAUGCACCUGGACUCCAUACACUUGCCCAAAAUUUUUGUUCUUCAUGUCUCAUCUGUGCUCAACACACACACAGACAUGCUGCACCACUCACACAGCAGCCAGCAGGUCAUCCACCUGCCACAGAACCAUUUCAACACUGGCAGAUAGACUUUGUAGAGCUAACUCCAGCUGAAGGAAAAAAGUUUCUCCUGGUCUGUGUUUGCAUGUUCAGUAAAUGGAUUGAAGCUUUCCCAACAGGUAAACAGGAUGGAGAAGCAGUGGCUAAAGCAUUUCUCAGAGAACUGAUCCCAAGAUUUGGUCUGCCAAAAAGGGUUUCUAGCGACAAUGGCACACCAUUUGUACACACAGGGCUCAAAAGUUUGACCAAAUAUUUGGGUAUUGACAUGCACAAGCAUUGUAGUUACCACCCCGCCUCAGCAGGGGCAGUAGAGAGAGCAAACGGCACCAUCAAAAAUGGAUUGGCAAAAAUUACACAGCAAACAGGUCUAAAUUGGGUCAAAUGUCUCCCUCUGGUCCUGUGGCAAAGCAGAACCAGGGUGCAAGCAAAAACAGGCCUAAGUGCAUUUGAGAUUGUUUUUGGCAGACCUCCCAAUGUAGGAGUGGGGCCCCCCCCACUGGAGGAUCAACUGUUAGACCACACACUUGUUGAAUACUGUAUCUCAUUGCAUGAUUCUCUUUUGUCUGCAUCUCGACAGGUAAAAGCUGUGCUACCUCAACCAGCUGACCAACCCUUCCAUAACCACAAGCCAGGAGACUGGGUGCUGAUCAAAGACCUGCGGAGACGAAGGUGGAACCAGCAAAGGUGGACUGGACCUCAUCUUGUGCUCCUGACGACCCACACUGCGCUGAAGAUUGAAGGACGUGGAACCUGGGUUCAUCACACACACUGCAAGAAGGCCCCCACCAAACCUGAAGAAGAGGAAGCUCUGGUUGAUCAGUGAGUGGGUGUCUUAAGGUCUCACGGCUGGUGGGACGAGUGCGAUUGGGCGUGCCCGCACUCUGAGCACUAAAGUGUCUACAUAGGCUAGGGGCACCCACCCUGAUAAACCAGUAUCACCAUGCUGUGGCUGUUAAUGGUGGUGACCCUCCUACCUGGGUCCCAUCAGUCCCUUCAGGACCGAGUGGAACAACAAUGCUUUGGAAACAAAGCAUGCAUGGCCACAGUAGCAGCAGCUGACGAGGUGUCUCCCAACAGAGAAUGUAUUGUCUGCCACAAGCUUGCUGUCCCCUGGAUACCGACUCCUUUAAACAAUGUGACUGCUGCUACAUUGCUGAAGGAUCCAGCAGACUGCGCUCUAGACAUGCAGAUGGCAUUUAUGCUAAAUGUAUCAGCCCAUUUCGCAGCCACGAAACAAAGCCCUCCAUUUAAUGGAAAUGUGACUGCUAUGUUUCAGAUGAUGCCCCAAUGUAACAUGACCCACCCCGGACCAAGAUAUGAGCCAAAAUUUGCGAACAUGUCCUUCACCACGGUGCCCCCUCUCAAUGCAUCCACAUGCAUGUGCUCAUCUGGAAUAAGAGGAGGGCCUCGUUUAGGGUACACUGACUGUAAGGUUAACAUCACCUUCUAUGAUAGCAUAGGCUUCAACUGUUCAAUAUCGGAUGGCACUCACACCGUGAGACCCAACUACACAGAAUGUCACAUCAUGUCAGGGGCCCGAACUUCGGGACCUGUGAGCUGGGUGUGUGGCCAAACUGCCUACACCAAUCUACCACGAAAGAAGAGCCGGAACGGGACUUGGGUCCACUCAUUCCCUUGGAAUGGGUGUUGCGCUCCAGCUAUGGUGGUCCCACACAUGGCAGUUCUCCCUAAGAACUCUUUGACUAGGAAACGACGUGCCUUGGGUUCGAAAUACAACGGGUAUGUCCUGGCUGACCCUUGGACAACACCUGGAGCAUCAGUUGGAUGGUCCCUUUUCCUAGGAGGUGGAACAACUGCUACUUUGAACAAGAUCAAUGGACUUGCAUGGCAAAUGUUGGUUAUGGCUAAUAGUAGCACCGAAGCUUUUUUUCUAAUAAAUGCAGAGAUGAGGGCCAUACGUCAGGCUGUACUUCAGAAUAGAAUGGCUCUUGAUCUUUUGCUAGCCCAUGAAGGGGGAGUGUGUCAGGUUUUAAACACCUCUUGUUGUUUUUCAAUUCCAGAUUAUUAUGAGAACAUCACUGACCUUGUAAGUCACAUGAAACAAGCAAUCCAUGAACCUCCACCUGUGAAUGAGCCAUGGCUAGCAUGGCUGGAGUCUUUUUUAGGGCCAUGGGGACGUUGGCUACUGCCUAUGGUCCUCCCUAUUAUUUGUUUGGGACUCCUUAUCCUAUGUAUCGUACCAUGUGUUAUGAAUUGUAUCUCAAAUAUGAUUACUCGUGCAUUCAGUCACUACCAGAUGUUUCAGAUGAUUCCAGGUUACGAAGACCCUGUUAUAGGGCUAUCCCGAAUGUUUACUGAGGAAUCUCAGUAUGAGAAUGCGAGCAAUGUGUAGGAAACUGUGUGAGUUGAUUCCUAGAAUCAAAAGGGAGGAGUGACGUGGGAAAUUUCAUUAUCACAAUGUUAUUACUAUUAUAACCACCUUGUUAUGACAGAUGUGAUCAUUUUAUGCAUGUUCAUUUUAUUAGAUGUGUUUAAUCACACUAAAUAUUUACAGUG